AUGGUCGAUACUUCUUUAGAUCUCACUAUCGGCGUUACUCGUAUGCGAGUUGAAGAAGAUCCAACGACAAAUGCUUUGGUGGAUGAAUUAAACCGAGUGAGUGCUGAGAACAAGAAGCUCUCGGAGAUGCUAACUUUGAUGUGUGACAACUACAACGUUUUGAGGAAACAGCUAAUGGAAUAUGUUAACAAGAGCAACAUGACCGAGAGAGAUCAAACCAGUCCUCCCAAGAAACGCAAAUCUCCGGCGAGAGAUGACGCAAUUAGUUCGGCGCUUGUCGGUGGAGUGUCCGAAAGUAGCUCAACGGACCAAGAUGAUCAGUAUCUAUGUAAGAAGCAGAGAGAAGAGACAGUUGUGAAGGAGAAAGUCUCAAGGGUUUAUUACAAGACCGAAGCUUCUGACACUACCCUUGUGGUGAAAGAUGGAUACCAAUGGAGGAAAUAUGGACAGAAAGUGACUAGAGACAAUCCCUCUCCAAGAGCUUACUUCAAAUGUGCUUGUGCUCCAAGCUGUUCUGUCAAAAAGAAGGUUCAGAGAAGCGUAGAGGAUCAGUCCGUGUUGGUAGCGACUUAUGAGGGUGAACAUAACCAUCCAAUGCCAUCGCAGAUCGAAUCAAACAGUGGCUUGAACCGCUACAUCUCUCUUGGUGGUUCGGCUUCAGCAGCCAACAGAAGUAGUAGUAGCUUGGCUGAGCAUGUGACUACCGUUGAUCUGACUGAAUCCAAGAAAGUGACGAGCCCAUCAAGAAUCGAUUUUCCAGAAGUUCAGAAACUUUUGGUGGAGCAAAUGGCUUCUUCCUUGACAAAAGAUCCUAACUUCACGGCAGCGUUAGCCGCAGCUGUUUCCGGAAGAUUGUAUCAAACCGAGAAAUAG